AGUCGCGCAGUCAAGUCGCUUGUUUUGAUCUCGUCACACCAACUAUCCCGGCCGUGUCCCUCCCCAACAUCAGUUCGUAGUGUUUGUUGCGUGACUCCGCGAGCCAACCUUUCAGAGUAGGCGGCGUUCUCGUGCAGAAAACUCCUUCAGGGAAUCGAAGUAGGCGGCUCGGGGCGCCUACAAGAAAGUGUUUCCGCACGUCUUGGCAACUUGAUUUCGAUUCGCGAACGGGUCGUGUGACUUGUGUUGGGGAAAGUUGCUUCGAAACAUCAUCAGGGACGGCAGCAGCACAAUGACGAGCGGAAUUUUGACAGUUUUUUGGAGAUUUUUUCACUGGGGACCACUGACCGCAAUAACCAUCAUCAAAUCCAUCACGUUCAUGACACUCUACAUGAACGCCAUGUGGUGGCCCCCGAACCGGUCCCUCGGGGGCUUCGUCAACCAGACCAUCUUCCUGAUACUGUCGGCCAGCACGGGCUUCAACUUUGUGAUGGCCUCGCUGAUCGGUCCCAAGUUCCUGCCGCUGCGCUGGCGGCCCAAGAACCCAAAAGACGAACAGUUCCUGCAGUUUUGCUCUAGCUGUGAGGGUUUCAAAGCACCCCGGUCGCACCACUGCCGGAAGUGCGAUAGGUGCGUGAUCAAAAUGGAUCAUCAUUGCCCUUGGAUUAACCACUGCGUCGGAUGGGGCAACCAUGCGUACUUCACCAGCUUUCUGGCGUUCGCCGUGGCCGGGUGUCUGCACGCGACGGUCAUUCUGUUCGGAUCGCUGUACGCCGGGCUGCACCGAGAUUGGUACGUGUACUACGGCCAGUACUCGAAGGCAACCGUCCAUUUGGGACUGUGGAGCUUGAUUCUGGGCGUGUUCAACAUCGGAUUGGCCAUCGGAGUGAUCAUCGCCGUCGGAAUGCUGCUGUUCUUCCAAGUUCGUGCCAUCGUGAACAACCGAACCGGAAUCGAGGACUGGAUCGUGGAGAAGGCCAAACAUCGGCGAGAGGGAACGGAGGAGACCUUCCGGUAUCCGUACGAUCUGGGCAAGUGGAAGAACAUCAUGCAGGUGGCAAGCUUGACGUGUUCUCCCAUCGGUAAUGGCGUCGAGUGGGCCAUUGCCGAAGGGUGCGAUCAGUUUACUUUGACGCGCGAGCAGCUGAAGCAAAAGUCGGAGAAGCGAGCCCGGACGCGAACGUACUCCAUCAACCGGUCCGUUUCCGGCAGCUGGGUUCCCCUGUGGUCCCAGGGCUGCCGUGUCUGCCUGAGUCCACCGCUGACGGACGAACCCCGCAUCAAGCUAGACGUUGGCGAUGUGGUCCGCGUUACAAGAUGGCGAAAACACUGGCUGUUUGGUGAAAAGGUCCUCGAGGAAACGGAAGAACCCGAGCGUAACGGAACGGUUCAGAAGGCACAGAAGAAGCAAAAGCAGCACAAGAAGAAGUCCGAUCAGCCGGAAGUGGAGGAGCCCGAAAAGGAAAAGGAAGAAGAAGCGCCCAGUAGCAAGACGCCACACCGCCGGAUACGGGGCUGGUUCCCGCGGCAGUGCGCCGUCGAGUUGGUCGAGGAUGACGACGACACCGAACAGCAGAAGCACUUCAGCGAGAAGAAGAAGAACAAGUAGAUGGAGGAGUGUGUUCCGUCGUGCUUAUUGGUGGCCAUUUUUAUUGGCUCGGCUCCGCUAAACGAAGCGGGGGGAGCCGGAACUAACGAGCGAAUAGAAGUGACUUUUAAUCUAAAGUAUUUUUUUCCUCUUAAUAAAAAGCUUAUAUUUUGUAAUUUGCAACUUUUUCUGACUUUAUAGGGACACAAAUAAAUGUGGAUCGCAUA